AUGCCCAUCCGGCUGAGGAUGCGGCCGCAGCCCAUUCGGGACCUCAGCCCCUUGUCUGCGAGAUAUGACUUUGAUAUGCCAGAAAUUGCCGAGGACGACUCAUUUCGCGAUGUGGUCAAGAAGCUUUCCCUCUACUUUACAGAUGUCAUCGAGCUGCCGAGCACAUUUGAGCAGCUAAGGACGACUGAGGCUGGAAACUGUGUUCGUGUCUUGGUUGACCACCUCAGUCAGAACUGCACCAACCCUGCCAUUGUGAAUGCCCUGCUCGCUCUCAAAUGGCACUAUGCUGCUUCAAAUGAACACCUGAGUCUUAGAGAGACUCGCUCGUUUGCUUGUGAGAUUACGGCGUGGCGAUUUCUCACCAGACUUAGCGAAAGACAGGCAGUCGACUUUUGCCUUCACGAGAUACCGGUGGCCCCGGAGCACGAACACCAAUCGCAACAGCCGAGCCGUGAUGAAGAGGCUGGAGAGACCUCUCCUCUCCUCAUUCGUAGAAACUCUUCUGAGGAGGAGUUGCCAGCCAUCGUUGUUGGAAGCGCCAGGGAGCGGACAAAGAUGCUAAGCUCCCUUUCACGCCUGACACAUCUGAGCGACGAUAGUGACGACGAGGCAGACCCAACAGCUGCCUUUAAGGGCUUGAAUGCCCUGGAGAUUGCCGCAAUUGCCAACGCAAAACGUUUUCUCAGUCAACAUGUAGUCCAAAAGAUCAUCACUGGCAUUUGGAACGGCGAUAUUAUAUUUUGGGACACUCUUUCGGUCAACUCUGUGAAAAAACCGCGAUAUUACACUCCCCGCACCUCAGAUCCCUUCUCACGCCUCCGUGUGCCCAAGUACCUCAAGACAUGGGAAGUUCUCUUCUUUGUUGUCUUUCUGUGUCUGUACUACUCGGUUCUCAUCACCCGUGACGACACACGUAUCACAGUGACAGAAAUAUUUCUUUUUAUUUGGAUAGCAGCCUUCUUCUACGAUGAACUGAGUGAAUGGAUCGAUGCCGGCUCAAUCUUCUACGCGACAGACAUAUGGAACGUGUUUGACAUGAUCAUGAUCCUGAUUGGAUUUCUAUUUGCUGGCCUUAGAGUCAUGGGAAUUGCCAAACAUGAUACUACGAUGAACGAGAUGGCCUUCAAUGUUUUGUCUCUCGAGGCUCUUUUUAUGAUGCCACGAAUCUGUUCUAUUUUGAGCUUGAGCCCAUAUUGGGGAACUUUGAUACCUUGCCUGAAAGAAAUGGGGAAGGACUUUGUGAAGUUUAUGGUAUUGGUUGUCAUUGUUUACUUUGGCUUCCUGACCACCUUUUCCCUUAUUGGCCGUGAUGCCUUCAGCUUUGGUCGAAUGACAGGCAUUUUGACAAAAAUCUUCUUCGGAUCAAGCUACGUUGGAUUCGACAUCAUGGAUCAGAUUGACCCAAUUUUUGGGCCGCCUCUCAUGAUUAUUUUUAUUACUCUAACGUCUAUUCUCUUGCAGGGGUCCCUUACUGGUAUGCUCUCGAACAGCUUUUCUCGUGUCAUCACGCAGGCAAGAGAAGAGUACCUCUAUGUGUACAGUGUUUAUGUGCUGGAGGCAUCAACUAGUAAUCGGCUUACUCAUUUCUACCCACCAUUCAAUCUGAUUGCCCUGGUGAUAUUUCGGCCAUUGCGAUUCAUCCUUCCUAGAGUCGGCAAAUUCCGUGCAGGACGAAUCGUCCUUCUCCGCGCCACACAUUUACCGAUUGUUGGAGUAAUCAGGCUGUACGAGUACAUCCGACGAAACUCGCAAGAUGACGAGUACGCCGGCUUCAGGGGACCGCGUGAGUCAUGGAAAAGUAGUCGGCCUACAAUGCACAAAAGGCCGUCGUCUGGUUAUAGUAGGCAACAAGUUUCGCUAUCGCAAGAGUCAACUCUUCUAAAACCUGAAGGGAAAAGACGGGACGGGGAUGACAUGGAAGAGCCCAAGGGUGUGGAGGGCCAGGUUGCUGAACUGCACCAGAAGAUUGACCAGCUUACGUCCCUAGUUAUCGCCAUGCAGGAGACUACCAAACCUGCUGGUGACAAGACUCCGCAUGCGGGUACUUGA